UUCAAACAAAGGCCCCGCCAUGAAAGCUUCUUGCUACUUGUUUAUCAUUCUGGGCCUGAUGCUCCACCUGGCCCUGUCGAGCGGCAGCGGCAGCACCACCGAAGGAGCACAGACCUGUAGGAAGGAGGUCCAGAGUAGUUGCACAUCCAAGACCAAAUCAUGUGCCCGUCUGGGACGGGCCAACAUCUGUCAGGCCUUCAAGAACGACUGCCAGCGCAGGAUAUCCAACUGCAACAGCAAGGGCCUGAGCAUAUUCUAUCGUAAAGUGAGUGCGAAUCUCUGCAAAAAUAUGCCCUACGAUAAGAAGCUUCCCUGUGGUAGUGGCAGCAACGCACUAAGCGUCAACUCUGGUGCCAGCAGCAGCAGCAACAACAACAACAAUGGUGGCACGAACAACACUGGUAGCCAGAUCAGACCUGGCGGAACAAAAGCCAUUAAGGAAUCUGGCUAAUGAGAACUGAUGUCCGUCUGCAAGACCUGUCCAGGAGUGGAUCCUUCCGAGUACUACACAAAUCUGACAAUGCGACAAUUCGAUUGUCCAUCAUUUGGUAAUGCUCUGACAAGGGUAUAGAAAAUUAUAUCAUAUUCGAAAGUCUAUCGAAUAUAAAUAGCUUUGAUUACGAGUUAAUGUUGAAUCAAUCCUCAUAAACAUUUACAAUUAAAUAGACAAAUAAAUUUCAACGUUAUAUUUUAAUAUCAUUAGCAAAAUAAACAAAACGUUC